GCGCGCGCGCUCAAUACGGCAGUGGACACGACGAGCGGUCAAAGAAAACUUACUUGGGCAACCUAGGAUAUCAGAAUGGCCAGUCUGUUAGCCGUCACCAGAAUCUACAAACAUACAGCAGUUUAACGACACGGAAUGUUUUACCAGAGACUUGCAUUUGUGUGGGAAUCGGACUACGCGACAAGCAACAAAGAGUAAAGUAACGUCAUACUAAACGAUUGAUUGUUUUCACAAACCAGUCUAUUUAGCUGCUGUAUCUGAGGAGUGAGGAAAGGUCUUGAGAUGAAUUUCUUCGAGAAACGGAGUGUGAGAUCAGGUUCACAUGUGUCCAGCUCUGUGUCUGUGAAGAGUGACCAUUCAAAAGGUGGCAUGCCAAACUUUCGUGAGAAAAAAACAUCUAUUAAAAGGAAAAGAUCAUACUCGCAUGUGUUCAGCUCUGAGUCUGUGAAGAGUGACUGGUCAAAAGGUGAUGUGCCGAACUUCAGUGAGGAAACUAUCAAAAGGUUUAAAUGCAAUACAAUAGAGUCAUACUUCCAGACUCUCGGGAACCAAAAGAAUUUCAAAGACAAUCUCCUAGGAGUCUUCCAUAAUCUUGAGAGCAAAAUAAUCACAUUUCUGAAGGAGGAGCUCAAAAAGUUUAUGAAAAUAUUACAAAAAGUGAACACGCAAUACUUUGUGAAGGACUUUAAUGAGAAUAGAUGCAGUAUCAAAGAAGCAGCUCUUGAUCUCACGCUCUACUUCCUGAGAGAGAUGAAGCAAAAUGGAGCUGCCAAUAGGCUAGAAGGCAAGAGUUUCAUGACAAUCUAUGAGCUGUUCUUCGUUCAUCAGCUAAAAUCUAACCUGAAGAAGAAGUAUCAAUGUGUGUUUGAAGGAAUUGCAAAACAAGGUGACUCUACACUUCUGAAUAACAUCUACACAGAUCUCUAUAUCACUCAGGGUUGUAGUGAACAGGUCAAUACUGAACAUGAGGUGAGACAGAUUGAAGUUGCUUCCAGACGUCAUGAAUCACAGGAAAUACAGGUUGAAUGCAAAAAUUUGUUUGAAGCACCUGAACAAGACAAGCAGAUCAGAACUGUGCUGACAAAAGGAGUUGCUGGCAUUGGAAAAUCAGUCUCUGUGCAAAAGUUUGUUCUGGAUUGGGCUGAAGGAAAAGAAAAUCAAGACAUUGGCUUCAUAUUUCCUCUUCCAUUCAGAGAGAUGAAUUUAAAGGAGAAAGAACCACAAAGUUUGAUAGACCUUAUAACCCAGUUUUUCCCAGAGACAAAAGGACUGAACCUUACAAGAAGGAAUCAAUUCAAAGUCCUGUUCAUCCUUGAUGGAUUAGAUGAAUUUCGUCUUCCUCUAAACUUUGACGGUAAUGAGACAUGGCAUGAUGUAUCAUCACCAGUCUCUUUGGAUGUUCUCCUGACAAACCUCAUCAAGGGAAAUCUGCUUCCUUCUGCUCUCAUCUGGAUCACCACCAGACCAGCAGCUGCCAGUAAGAUUCCUCCUGACUGUGUUGACCGAGUGACAGAGAUACGAGGAUUCAAUGAUGCACAAAAGGAGGAGUACUUCAAAAAAAGAUUCACAGAUGAGAAUCAGGCCAAAGAAAUAAUUGGUCAUAUUAAACAAUCAAAGAGUCUGCUUAUCAUGUGCCACAUCCCAGUCUUCUGCUGGAUUUCAGCCACUGUUCUACAGAACAUUUUGGAGCAGAAAAUAAAUAAUCAUGUAAAAAACAAUCAGACUGAUGAUACCUCUCAUACACUACAGGAAUCAAAUACUGAAGACACUCCCAAGACUCUGACACAAAUGUACACACACUUCCUCCACUUUCAGAUCCUGCAGAGCAGACGAAAGUAUGAUGGAAAAUACACAGCAGACGUUUCCUGGGAUAAAGAGGCUAUCCUUUCCCUGGGGAAACUGGCAUUUCAACAGUUGGAAAAGAACAAUGUGAUCUUCUAUGAUACAGAUCUGGAAGCCUGUGGUAUUGACGUCUAUAAGGCAUCAGUGUAUUCAGGCAUGUGUACCCAGAUCUUUAAGGAGGAAAAAGGGAUUGUUCUUGGUACCAUGUACUGUUUUGUUCAUUUGAGCUUUCAAGAGUUUAUUGCAGCACUUUAUGCACAUCUGUUUCUAGAUAUCAACAAAAAAAAUGUGUUUGAUCAAGACACUACAGAACAGGAGAACAAAAAUGAAACCAUGAUUAAUUUGCUCAAGACUGCAGUGGACAAGGCACUCAAAAGUGAUAAUGGACACUUGGACCUUUUCCUUCGCUUCCUUCUCGGUCUGUCACUCCAAUCCAAUUGGCUGCUUUUUCGUGGUCUGUUGACACAGCAAGAUGGCAAUGACCAGAGCAAAAAGGAAAUAGUUCAGUACAUCAAGCAGAAAUUAGAGGAUAAUUUGUCUCCAGAGAGAUCCAUCAAUCUGUUCUACUGUCUGAAUGAACUGAAUGAUCAAACUCUGGUGAAAGAGAUUCAGACUCACCUUAGCAAAGGGAAUCUGUCAACUACUGAUCUUUCUCCUGCCCAGUGGUCUGCUUUGGCUUUUGUGUUGUUGACAUCAGAGGAAGAGCUGGAGGAGUUUGAGCUUCAGAAAUUCAAGAAAUCAGACGAGUGUCUCAUUAGAUUAUCAGCAGUCAUCAAAACCUCCAAAAGAGCUCUGCUAAAUGAUUGUGACUUAAGAGACAAAAGCUGUUCAGCUCUGGCUACAGUUCUUGGAUCAGAUACCAAUCUGAAAGAGCUGAACCUGAACAAUAAUAAUCUGCAGGAUUCAGGAGUGAAGCUACUCUGUACUGGACUGAAGAAUAUACAGUGUAAAUUGGAGAUACUUAGGCUCAGUAAGUGUAAGCUAACAGAGGAAAGCUGUUCAGCUCUCACUUCAGUUCUCAGUUUGAACUCCAGUAGUCUGAAGGAUCUUGACCUGAGCAAUAAUAACCUGCAUGAUUCAGGAGUGAAGCUGCUCUCUGAUGGACUGAAAGUGAACUGUAAACUGGAGAAACUCAGGGCAAAAGCUCUGGCUUCAGCUCUGAGAUUCAACCCUUCACACCUGAUAGAGCUGGAUCUCACAGGAAAUGAUCAUGGACAAUUAGGAGUGGAGCAGCUCAGUGAUUUACUACAGGAUCCAAACUGUCAACUGAAGACACUGAGAUUUUUGGGUCCUGCUGCUGAUGAAGCCUGUCAGUAUGUGACUAGAGUUGUAGGUAAACACCCAUUAUUCCUGAGAGAGUUGAAUCUGAGUGGACAUAAACUAGGAGACGCACGAGUGAAUCAGAUCGCUGCUCUACUGCAGGAUAAACACUGUCAACUCCACACACUGAUUCUGCGUAUUUGCAGUAUUACAGAAGAACAGUGUCUUAUCCUGACUUCAGCUCUGAAAUCAAACCCAUCACACCUGAGAGAACUGGACCUCGGUGGGAAUGAACUGGAAGACACAGGAGUAAAUCACUUAUGUGACAUACUGAAGGAUUCACACUGUAAACUGGAGAGAUUGAGGUUAAGAUACUGUGAUAUGACAGACGAAGACUGUUUUCAUCUGACUUCAGCUCUGAAUUCAAACCCAUCACAUUUGAGAGAGCUGGACCUAAGUUUGAAUGAAUUAGGAGACUCUGGAUUUGAAAACCUCAGUGAUCUGCUGAUGAACCCACAAUGCAAUUUGACAAAACUACUUCUGAGUAGAUGCAGUUUUACAGAAGAUCAGAGUUUCAUCCUGACUUCAGCUCUGAAAUCCAUCUCAUCACACCUGAGAGAGCUGGACGUCAGUGAGAAUAAAAUGUACAACACAGGAGUGUAUCAAUUACGUGAUAUACUGAAGGAUUCACAAUGUAACCUGGAGAGGAUGAGGUUGAGAUGCUGUGAUUUGACAGAUGAAGGUUGUUCUGCCCUGACUUCAGCUCUGAAAUCAAACCCAUCACACCUGAGAGAGCUGGACCUGAGUAUGAAUGAACUAGGAGUUUCUGGAGUUGAAAACAUCUGUGAUCUACUGAUGAACCCACAAUGCAAGCUGGAGAAACUAUAUCUGCGUGGAUGUAGCAUUACAGAGGAACAGUGUCUCAUCCUGACUUCAGCUCUGAAAUUAAACCCAUCACACCUGAGAGAGCUGGACCUGAGUAUGAAUAAAAUAAAAAACACAGGAGUGAAUCACUUGUGUAAUGUAUUGAAGGAUUCACACUGUAAACUGGAGAGAUUGAGUCUAAAUGACUGUGCCAUUACAGAUGUUUCUUCUUUAACUCAGUCUUUGACAAACAAAAAAGCACUGCAGUUUUUAAAAGAACUUGAUCUGAAAAACAAUAACAUUCAAGACUCAGAGAAGCAGCUCAUUGAUGUGCUGCGAGACUCAAACUGUAAAUUGAGACUAGAGAGAGAUUGCUUGUUUCCCAGGUGGAUGUCGACCAGGACCAGUAACGAGGACCAGUAAUGAUCAGGUCUCUGCCCCUCACAAGGCCUCAUGGACCAGUGGACUGAUGAUGGGAAGAGCAUCAUUUAAAAAGCCCAGAGGUAGAUUGGAUGAUGUGGGUUGUAGUGCUUGAAAAAGCAAUUUACAGUGAUUAUUGAGUGUUAGUUUGUGUUGUGUAUUAGUAAAAACAUUUUUAGAGAACAUUGUGAUAGUGUAAUACUGUAAAUAGUUUAUAUACUGCUUACUUUCACAGAGGCUGUAGGGGUUGGGUGCUAUUUUAUUUUCUAUUUCUUGUUUAUUGCUAGUUAAGAAGACAGGGAAGCUCUCUUUAUUUUUGUUACAUUUCUUAACAUUUGUUAACGCACAAAUAUCCAGUAUAUUGUCUUUGUUCUGUGGAUGGAGCCUCUCCUUCAUCAGUCCAGAUCAACUAAACUUCAAGUACCAGUUAAAAGCAUUAACAGCAUGUACCUUCCACUCGUUCCACUCUACAUAGACUAAUGCAUUUUGUUUAACAGUUAUCUUCUUUUUCACCACCUGUUUUAGAAA